CUCUUGUCAGUUGCCUCCAGCAAGCCAAUGGAUUGUGCUGAACGUUAAAACGGCAAUUUUCACGAGUUUGGAAGCAUUUUUGACUGGUGAAACUUUAAAAGAAAAUAAUGUAAACCUACAGUAGUAGCCUUAACAUUCAAGGCCAAUUGUUAUGUUUCAUUACGUGCGUAUAACGACUCCUGAGCUAAUUGUAAAGUGCUUUUGAGUUAUUUAAACGAUAGAUAGGGAAGUAAUUCUAGGACAAAUUCUGAAACGAUCAAACGAAAAUUGAGUAACGACAAUGUUAUCAAAAAACAAAGAAAAGAAAAACCCUGCGAAAGGUUUGCAGAAUUAUUUUUCUCUACCGCGCCGAAAAAAGAAGAAACAGAUUGAACAGAUUGAAAUCUCUGCUCCCCUUUCGGUAACUGGAUUGAUUCAAGGAAAACUUUAUGACCCUAGAGGAGACUGUUCUGUUUCGGAUAGCUUAAAUAUCUCCGUAACAGAUCCAGGCACAGACGCAUCCAUCGGUUCUAAUGUACUAUCUUUUCGAAAUUCAUGCGUCGAAAAUUAUACAAAAGCCAUCAAUGAAGAUCAUCAAACACCAAAUUCCCCUUUGAGUGAUCAAGGAGACGAUUGCACUGAUGGCAGAUCAACAACGGACAACUUGGUUGAUCUCAGUCGUGUGUCUCUCGAGAAAUCAAGCGAAACUAAGACUUUUAGCUUUGGGAUCACACGGGAUGUCUCCGAUGACAGUGGAUAUGGUUCCGUAAAAUCGUUAACAUCAGUCAACGAACGCAACACAGUCUGGAGCAAUCAUCUUGCAGUACCACUUGAAUCUGAUUAUGACACUCCCAAAUCGGCAAAGGAUUCUGGUCAUGACCACCCAAAAUCUACGGAUUCCGAUUACGACUUACCGAAAUCAACGAAGAAUUCUGAUAAUGAUUACCCAAAAUCGACGAAGGAUUCUGAUUAUGAUUACCCAAAAUCGCCGAAGGAUUCUGAUUUUGAGUACCCAAAAUCGACGAUGGACUCUGAUUAUGAUUACCCUAAAUCGCCGAACGAAUCUAAUUUUGACAACCGUAAAUCGGUUAAGGAAUCUGAUUAUGACUGCCCAAAAUCCUUAAACGAAUCUAAAUUUGACAUCUCUAAAUCUUCCGACAAAUCUGAUUAUGAUGUUCCAAGACCUAGUCAUUCUGACUAUAAACUAAUGAGCGCAUUCUCUAAUACUAAUAGUCACACUCAGCAACACUCGUUAAAAUCAUGCCCAAACGUCUCACAAGUUCCCAGCGAAUUCGGCUAUGAAUUCGAUUCGACACUAUCAUCACAUGAGUUGAAUAAUACUUCAAUCGAUUUUGAUUACUUGCAAGCCUUACUUGAGACGAAUGACCUCAUGAAAAAUAUUAUGAAAUCAAAUCACAAUAGCUUAUCGUACCGGCGUGUGAAGAAGGAAGAAUUUCGACGUUCACACGGAGAGGUAAAAGAGGCUGAGAAGAAAACGGGAUUACCGGAGGACUCGUGGGAUAAUUCAUCCAAUGGAUCUCCUCUGCAAGUUAUUAAUGAGUCGGCUGAAUUGGAUUUAACGUCCAAAUCCUCAGUAAAAUAUCUAGUUUGCAGUUCCACCUCUGGCAGUUCCAAUUGUCAAGCAGAAGGUGGGGAUUUGAAAGUUCAUGUUACAAUAAAGAGCAGAAUACAAUCUUCUGGAAAUGCAAACCUCCCAAUUAUCACGGUUAAUGACCUCACUGAACCAUCGCCUAAACUGAAUGGACUUACAGAAGAAAGUAGUAGUGAUCCCUUUGAAAAGAGUUCUGUAGACGGCGAUCGGAACUGCGUGGCCAGAGCGCUGUACAACAACGUCGCCGAGUCCCCUGACGAGCUCGAGUUCCGAAAGGACGACCUCCUGACGGUGCUGGAGCAGAACACGGCAGGGCUUGAGGGGUGGUGGCUGUGUUCUCUCCGUGGCCGCCAGGGCAUCUGUCCGGGCAACAGGCUGCGUAUCGUACCGGGAUGCUAUGAUGUCGGUACCGGAGUGCCCACACUCACCAGACCCCAUGUCGCCCCCGUGGGGCAUGGCGCCGCGGCCAGUGUCGUGCGGAGCUCGGGCAACAAGGUAGUUACUCCGAAGCGCAUCGGUGACACCUACACAUACGACACGCCUCGACGACUCUCCGGGGCCUCCCCUCUCCCUCUUCCCCUCACGCACCACCCCACCCUGGAUUACGAUGUGCCUCGAGGACCUCCUGCUGGGGGCAACGAAGGUCCGCGCUUGUCCCGCAGCAGCAGCCUGAGAUACGAGGCUCCUCGUCACUUGCCGCGAGGUUCGUAUGAGCUGCACGACGUACCGCACGACCAGCACGUCACCCUUCAUUACGACGUGCCUCGAGCUGCGACAUCCACGCUCUACGACUCCCCUAAACCACAGAUGUCAUCCGGCGUGGGGCUGGAGGCCCAGCUUGGCGCAGUUCCUACAAGGAGUCUCAUUAAAGGGAUCCGGGGACCGCAGCCCAACAUGACAUCUUCUGCAGCGCCUGUGAAAUUGGCUGAAGCUGAUGCCGGCCAAUACGACGUGCCAAAACCCUGGUGCGCAAGUCAGAAUCUGGACGUGCCAACUGCCAGCGAUCGCUCUAGCGGCGUUUCCAUCAUGUCUUGUGACUCGACUUCGUCAUCAGCGUCUUCUGCGCCUGCCACAGAGUCGCCUUAUUUGUCCUCCAUCGGCGGGUCUUCCAACCGGUCGAGCCUCGAUGUACAAGACGUGUACGAUGUUCCUCCAGAGCCCAGGAAAGUUGGAACUGUUCUGAAGCCACGCCUGCCACCUAGGGAAUACGCAAAUAGCUCCCGCGAGAACGCUCAGGUUGGCAAUAACGUGGCGAGAACCGAGGGCGUUUAUGAUGUUCCGCCUCAAGUGAGCAGAGAUGCGCGACCGCAUGACCCUGUGCAGGCAAGAGUCGCUGCCCCUGCAGAAGGGAAGUGCGAUAACGCUUUUGUUGGUGCUGGUCUUCCUCUAGAGUAUGAUUCUGCUGUUGACAUGCUAGCGAAAGUGCAGCAAGAUCUUCAUGCAUCGCUGGAAAAGUUAACCAAUUUCAAUGUCGUAUUAAGUCCAACGAAAAAGCUGGUGUCAGAUGAUCGCUUUGCCGAAUCCAAAAUAAUAAUUGAAAGAUUAAAAGACACACUUCGUGAAUUUAUAACAUUUUCCGAGGGUUCAUCUGUCAAUGCUUACAAAAGUGGUGUUCAUCCAUUAGCCAAAUCUCUUCAAGAACAAAUAGAACGCUUAUCGUCAACAUACGACAUUAUAAAGAACACUUGGGAUUGCGCGCAACAUGACCGGGAACAAGCCCUAGAGGUGGUACAGCAACUCACUAGCAUCGCUAAGCCGUUAGCAGACGACGUGAGGCAUCUAGCUCAGCUCAUACACACAAACGCUCCUCAAAUUUUCAAAAGAACACCUUCGGGUGAACAAGUCAAGCAGAAAAAUUUCACUAAAAACUCCAUGCAUGAGAAACCCACUCGAGAUGUGGCUGGCAAUGCUCAAGAUGAAAAUUUAUAUGCCAAUGAGAGCGCCAUCUUAGAGGACUACGACUACGUGAAGCUGGAGUCCAGAGAAACAGCCGAGCGAGAGCACCAACAUAUUAAAGAAUCAUUGCCAGUCAAUUUGAGAAAAUCAUACGAUAAUUUAGUUAAACAAUCACUCUCGGUGGUUGACAAUGACCAUCAAAAAGCUUUGUCGGGGUCACCCUUGUCGACGGUGACCUCUCAAAAUAUCAAUCUUAAGGCUGCCCCCGGCAAGGCUUGUAGACUGGAUGCGAACGAUCGUCAAGUGUUAUCUUUUUAUAGUAAUCAGGCUGAAGAACACAUUCAGCACCUCAACACUGCCAUUGAUGCUUUCUUUCUAACAAUCGAAGAAAAUCAACCUCCUAAAGUGUUCAUAGCUCACUCCAAGUUUGUUAUUCUAAGUGCUCACAAAUUGGUUUUCAUUGGCGACACAGUUCACCGGAAUGUCGUCAACAGCGAAGUGAGGUCGUGCGUGUUGAAUUGUUCCAACGCAUUAUGUGAUGCUAUGAAGAACACUGUGGCAGCCGCGAAAACGGCAGCUAUACAAUUCCCUUCAGUGUCGGCGGUGCAGGCAAUGGUCGACUCGUUCACGACAAUAUCCAACUUGGCGUGCAACCUCCGAAACGCCAUAUGCCGGAAUUAGAAGCUAUGCAACUACUUCUUUAAAUUUUUGUAUAUUGAUAGCUUUAUAAAGUCAUUUUAGUCAUGGAUUUACAAACAGACUUUUUAAAUAAGAUUAAAUAUAUUAAUGAUGUAGAAGUUUACGCAAACCGAAUUGACGUUUUUAAUCUUCUUUUUCUGUUCCGGAAAUGAGAGCUUACACGUGUCCUUGCACUCAGAGGAAUGAGCGAGACUUAGUCCAAAAAGUGAUGCGCGUUUUGCCCUCGUAUGAGUUAUUCUGACUCAGUUUUUUCCGGAGGUAAGACACUAUAUCACUAUUUUGUGCAAUAUGGCGAGUUUAUUUUUCUGAAUGACUUGCAUUUUCGUCGGACAAUACGAUGCAUAUCGAUUUUGUGAGAAGUUGUCGACAAGAAAGUAAGAUCUUUAUAACAGAGUUAGUAACAUGAUGCUUUUUAGUAUAAAAAUAUUUCCCUUGAUUUUACCUUUAAAGAUGCAAGACUUAAUGCGAAACGUUUACAAUUGUUGAUUCCAAUCUGGUUUUAAAGAGAUGCUGAAAACUAUUCAUUGCAAUAAUUUAAUUGAUUAGGUUUUUGUUGACAAGGCUGCUCCUCUGUAAUGCUGUGUGAUUGGAAAACUUAUUGUCCAUUUUAUUGGUAGCAUUUUCAUUAUAUGUUAUACAAUAUGUUAUACCAUUUUUUUCUCGCAACAUUUUACCUACCGACACUGUCGUUUUAUUAUCGUGAUUUGUGCAUCAAUUAUUGUCUAAUUUUAUUUCUAUGGCAAAUUAUUGUGUUAUCAGUUACAAAUCCCAUAUUUAUUGAUAAAUAAUUCUUCCCCUAUAGAAGAUAGGAAGUUUCUUGGACAUUUUUGUUGUAAAUAUUAUACAUGUUCGAUUAUGCCUUUCUUAACGUGUCUUAAAAACAUAAUAUCCAUUCAUGUUCCAAAUUCCUCUUUUUAUACGCAUUUGGUAUCUAAGACAUUCUUAUGUCGGGAAGUUGUCUGCAACGUCACUAUAUUAGUUACGCGUUCAAUAGAUAGUGUAGCACAAACCAGAGCUACCUCACCAGUCAAUGCUAGCACACGCAAUAAUGUUAAUCUUAAGCGUUGUAAACAUCAUGUUCUUUAUGAAAAUUGUAAUGCUGUUAAAAAGCUCUACAAAUUUCACUUCAAUAAGUGUGAAAGUUUUAAUGUGUGGAAAUUGUUCAGGGGUUAAAUUUUGUAACUUUAAAAAUAUUUGGGAACGUGUUAAUCAAGGUGUUUAUAUGUAUGAAUGGCUUGAAUAUACUAUUCCUUACUCGG